GGUAGAAUGGCCAACGCGCUCUGAAGUUGGCCUCUUCCUCUCUUUUCCAACGGGGGUUGCUUGGAAGAAGGUGUCCGAUCCGGCGUCUUCUUUUUCAACCCAAAAUGGGUUUCGUCAAAGUAGUGAAGAACAAGCAGUACUUCAAGCGUUUCCAAGUCAAGUACAAGAGGCGUCGCGAGGGUAAAACCGAUUACUACGCUCGCAAACGCCUGACAAUCCAGGACAAGAACAAGUACAAUACUCCCAAAUACAGGCUGAUUGUACGUCUGUCCAACAAGGAUAUCACUUGCCAAGUGGCAUACUCAAGGAUCGAGGGAGACAGAAUAGUCUGUGCUGCAUACAGCCACGAACUGCCCAACUAUGGAAUCAAAGUUGGUCUGACCAAUUAUGCCUCAGCUUAUUGCACUGGGCUGCUGUUGGCCAGAAGGCUGCUCAAGAAAUUGGGUCUCGACAAACUGUACACUGGCAGCAUCGACGUGACUGGUGACGAGUACAACGUCGAGGAGCUCGAUGAUGGCCCAGGUGCCUUCAGGUGUUACCUGGACACUGGUCUGAUGCGCACCACCACUGGUGCACGCGUCUUCGGUGCCAUGAAGGGAGCUGUCGACGGUGGUCUCAACAUUCCCCACAGCACAAAGCGAUUCCCUGGAUACGACAAUGAGUCGAAAUCCUUCAAUGCUGACGUCCAUCGUCAACACAUCUUCGCCCAGCACAUCGCUAACUACAUGAGGACACUCGAGGAGGAAGACGAUGAGGCCUACAAACGUCAGUUUUCACAGUACAUCAAGCACGGAAUCACUGCUGAUGCUAUUGAGGGACUCUACAAGAAGGCUCACGAGGCUAUUCGUGCCAACCCAGACCACGUGGUAGUCGAGAGGAAGAAGGAGCCAGUGAAGAAACGCUGGAAUCGCGCCAAGCUCACCCUCUCCGAGCGCAAGAACCGUGUCAACCAGAAGAAGGCGUCAUUCAUGAAGAAGUUGGAGGAGGCCGAAGCUUAAUAAGCCGGUCCACAAAUAAUUUUUGUACCUCAUCCGUUAAUCUGGAUCGUUCACGUUGCCAUUUUAACAUUACAUUGAUGAUUAAUGUAUUUUUAUCUGUAGCACGUGAACGGUGGUACGAAAAUGUUGAUAAUAAAAAUGAAAAAUACAGCUUUUGUUUUACAA